AUGAUCGCAGAAAAUUUCUCAACCCACAAGAAUGGACAUAUAUUCUAUAAUAACUUUCCAUAUAUUAAAACUAUACGUAGGAUAAGUAACAAGAAUUAUUGGAGAGCUUAUAAAGUAAUUAAACUUGGUCAUUAUCCAUCCAUUUCAAGAUUUACUCGAAAACAAAAUAAUAUUGUAUAUCAAAUUCUCGAUAAAUAUGAGAUUGAAACUAGUUUAGCAGGGUUGUCUGUAAGAUAUAAAACUCAGUAUCAGCAAGCUAGUUAUAUUAAUUAUACAAUUAGUUGUAUAAAUCAGAAUGGUAAUACAGUAUCAUGUAGUAGUGCAACCUCUGCAACUAAUAUUGGGAUUGAAUUUUUAAAG